CUGAAUGCAACAGCUGAGGAGAGGAGUCUAGAUUACAACAGCACAGCAUCACCUCUGGGAAACAGCUGAAACUCUCCAAACUCGACACGGACUUGAAAUGAACCAGUCAAAAGCAGCUGUUUUCAACGAGUGCCAAAACCACAUUAAUUUUCACAAUGAAUCUUUAUGGAAUAACAGUGUUGGCUGGAACAGCACCCGUAGGACACUGCAUCACCUUUUCAUUGGUGCCCAAAAGCAGGAGCCUAAUUAUGUGGCUAUCCCUGCCACCAUCUUUUACAGUCUCCUCUUCCUCUUCGGUGUUCUGGCCAAUGGGCUAAGCAUCCUUACUUUAAUGAGAAACCGAAGGAUGAAAGUAAGUGCCAUCCGCUUCUAUCUCUUCAGUUUGGCUCUGGCGGACAUCCUACUACUGCUUACCAUCCCGGUGACUCUCUACCGAUAUUUCUGGCAAUAUUAUCCUUGGGCACUCUCUGACACUGUGUGCAAACUAUACUUCAUGGUCAGACAAGUCUACUGUGCCACCACCAGCUGGACAAUCAUUGCCUUUACAUCUGAGAGAUAUUUUGCCAUAUGUCAUCCAAUGUGGUCCAUUACUGGACUCCGGAAAUCCCGCAUGGCUUACUUAUUGGCCUUCAUCUGGAUACUGUCAUUCCUCAGCACUAUACCGGUGGCUAUUGUCUACGGAGAAACGCCUGCCUGCAUCUUGGACUACACUGCCACCUCUCAGGAUGAAGUUGUCCUAGAAUCCACAGUAUGUGAAAUGCUCGAACCAAAGCCCUAUAUUGUUUACAAGAGCAUCAUACAGACACGUAACGUCUUGUUCUUCGUCUUGCCCCUGAUUACCAUCAUCAUUUUUCACCUCUUAAUCUUCAAUCACCUCAGCAUGAACCACCGUCAGAGGGAAAAUAUCGGACUCACAAGAACUCAUUGGCGAUUUUCUUCAAAGCAAACAAAACCGCCAUGCAGUCGCCCAUUUUCUGAAAAAAAGGCACGUCAACUGAUGGGGGCGGUGGUGGCGGCAUUCUUCCUGUGCAAUUUCCCCGAUACUGCCUCAUCUCUCAUGCAGAUCUACAUAGAUAACUGGAACACGCACGUCCUCAAGGUCUAUACCCUACUGAAGACCUACCUAUCCCUGCCACUUUGGUACCUCAAUAGCGCUUUGGAUCCCAUACUGUUUUGUAUAUCCUCAACAUCUUUCCGCAAUGCAUGCUGGGAAACCCUAACAGCCAUUUGUCCGUGUCAGGAGAAGUCUACCAACGGACCAAGUCAUGCCUACCAAGCUUCCGGCGUUCGGCCUGGUGGCUCCUCCCUGGCAUCAGCGCCAAGCAUGCGUUCAACGUGGACACUAAACUCCAAUGAAGGCGAGCAAAAGGAAAGCUUGGGUCAGGCUCGAACUGCUGACCCCAAACUCUUAUCGUUCCGACAUAUUGAUGUGGUGGAGACGGGGGACUUCUCUGUUCCCUAGAGGAAUUGUUUUGAAACCAUUGCAAUCAAAGGAGACACACGGCGAAUCUUUUACAGGGCUGUCACGUAAAGUGAGGAUCUUGAGUGAAUAAUAAAAUGGUGAAAAUUACCUUUUAAUACAUGUAAGCACGGCGCGGUUUUAAUAGCUUUGAAAAUUGAUGGAUUAUUAACACAUCAAAGCUGUGAGCUGCAACUGAAACCAAGUCUUACUUCUAAGAGGAUUAGCUGAAUCAUAUUUAAUUGGAAUUUUAACGUUACUUUGUAAAUUAAUUUUUAAUUGUGUUUGAAACAAACAACGUAAGUAGCAGUAACUAAAGAACUCUAGCCAAAAUGGAAAAUUCAAUUGUUGGUGGGGCUCAUUCACAUACCGCACCUCAUGUAUAAAGUGUACUACUGCUAAACUCUUUGGCUUUCCACCGCGGUGUCUAGAUGGCCUGCCCAGUGCGUAUCAAAGUGGAUGUUUAUUUUGCACUCUCGGGAGAUUCCUCAAGCGCUCCUAGUUUGGCCAGGAGGUGGAACCUCAAAAGGGCUAGCAGAAUUGUUACAAAACCAGGACUGUCAUGGAAGAGACAGAUGCAAUAUAUCCAUGUCAUGGUUAUAAAAGAUGACUCAUCUUUCAGAAUCCUUAUGCAUAUACGAUGACCGUGGUUAAAAAAUGUUUUUAAAACCUUAUCAUCACCUGGAUUUAAAAGAGAAGGCCAAAGGUCUAAAAACACAAGUGAUACAGUACGUUUAUGUGAUAAUCUAAUUUUUCAACCAUCGUUAGUUUAACAGAAACAAAAUCCAGUCGUUCAAGAGCUUUGUUAAUUUCUUAAACUAAUUUUUGUCUGGAACUGACUCCCCUCCCCAAAAGUUAGAAGACCAUAGCAACAUACAUAAUGAGUAUGGAAUCCCCACACGUCCAAAGUACCAAAGAUACACAGCAAAAACACACAUGGAAGAACGUUUAAUUAAAAAUUAAGCACUAUUCCUCACCCCAUCGAUGAGGAAAUACAAAAUUCUCUUUUCUUACAUCAGACAUGGGGCCUAAUUCUUGUUUUGAUGGUAUUGCACAGCCGUGACAUUAAAAUACAAAUGCAAUAGGAGGCAUCUGUCGGAGAUAGACACCUCCUGCAUGCAAUUGCGACAUCUGAGUGCUGUGUCACAGUACACAGCCUUAAGAUCACCAUCGCAACCAUCGGUCACAAUUUUAGAUGUUUCUGGGCAGCGUUCAGCCUGCCUAAGCUGAAGUUUACUCAGGCUGGCAUUCAGAUUAGGAUAUCGGGGUCCAGUAAAUCUGCUUCAGACAACACAAACCCUGGAACCGUCGCGCCUUCAAAACAGGGGGCCUCCGUUUUGAAGUACGGUGCUGCCCCCGCUCUGCCCCCCAAAAGCCGCAGCAUGUCAAGUCAUGCUACAGCUGACAGGGGGCUGCAAGUGAUAUCGCAAGACUUGUCCUGCAUAUGAGCAGAACGGGUCUCUCAUCUGUGCAAGCCUACAACCAUCAGAUUUGUACAUAAACCAUCGGGUUUAUGUACAAAUCUGUAUUAGGCCCUUGGUACACACACUCACUGUGCAUUUCCAACCCAGCUACUGGGGCUCGUUCUGGAGUUUGCAAGAUAGCCCUCUGCCCUGUUUUCAACAAUUAUUCAUUUAGGGAGAUAUUCAAUUGCAGUUGGAAGUUCCGACAAGGCGGAAAGACAGCACUCUCCGCCAAUUAUCGAAACUUUCUGACAUUUCAAUAUUCAAUUGAAGUGCCAUUUUUCUGCCCUGUCUGAAAUUCCGACAAGUUGAAAAACACAUGGAAAAUCUCUGCACAGCCAUGUGUUUUCAACCCUGCCACGGUCAAAAUUGGUCCAUUUUCCACCAUUCAUUUUCGCCCAUAAGAGAGGACGGAAAUGAAUGGUCGGAAUCGGAGGGGAAACGGGCAGAAACGGCCUGCUAUUGAAUACUGAAGUGUCAGAUUUUCUUCGUCAGAGAGGAUCCGACUGUGAUUGAAUAUCCCCCUUAAUGUUAUAUUUUUAACAGUGUCAGUCUCUACAGGCGGCUAAUUGAAUAAUAAGAUUUUAAACCUACCGGUAAAUCUUUUUCUCGUGGUCCGUAGAGGAUGCUGGGGACUCCGUAAGGACCAUGGGGGAUAGACGGGCUCCGCAGG